CUCUCUCUCUCUCUCUCUCACGGUCGGUUUCUCGAAACAAAACCGAAAACCAAAGCUUAUUUUCAUCUCUCAAAUCUCAAUCUCUCGAUCCGCCAUAGCCUCCACAUUCCGAGAAGAUCGAAUCUUUGAACCGCAAUAUGUCACGAAAGGUCUGGAGAGCUCGACUCGGAUGAUGGAACUCACCGAUUCGACUCAGGGAAACUCCGAACCGACUGUAUCCAUUCUCGGUAUCGAUCUCAAUGAAGUCCCUUCUUCGUCCUCAUUCGAGUCCUUGUCUCGUGAUGCAAUCUCCGUCGUGCGGACCUUCCACGGCGAACUUACUCCUCCGGCCGGAGUUGCGGCGGAGCUACCGGAUAUCUCGUUCAGUACAUCGUGCAGUUCUUGCCAUUUUAAGGAGGUUCCGGGACAGGUAGUAGUUUGCGACGGUUGCGAACGGGGUUUCCACCUCGCUUGCGCUGGAAUGCGGGGUGAACAGGCGGAGAUUAUCAACGAGUGGAUGUGUAGGGAGUGUGUGAGCAAUAAUGUGCAGAGUAAUCGGUGGCCAUUGGGAUGGAAAACGAAGCGAAAGUCUGGACGUGUUCGUUUAUUGGAUAUCAAUGCUUUGCCUUAUAGUGACGGUGAAGCUGAGGGGAACGAGGACUCACCCGGUCCGAGAAAACACAUUCCAGAUGGUAAUUCUUUUGGUGGCAAUCCAUUUGGUGUCCCAGUGACAAAUUCAAACUUGUUGCAUGCGGGAAAUGGAUUUGGAUUUCAUAAAGCAUCUGGUGUUCGGAUACAAUCCAUCAAAUUGGGGUUUGAAGAUAUCUCUAAUUAUAUGCAUACUGUGCAUAGAAGAUUGGAGGAGGUAGAUUUGCAGCCUCUCUACAAAAGGGUUAGACAUAGCAAUAAUACAACUAUUGGAAUUCGACCUCAGAAUCCGAGCGAGAUGUAUCUGCAGGCUCUUAGAGAGUAUAUUCUUGAAAGGCAAGGUGUGCUAGGGGAAGGUUGGCAUGUUGAAUUCAAAGAGCAAGAACCUGAGAGCGGUGGUGAAGUAUGCCCAGUAUACUGUUCUCCAGACGGAAAGGCAUUUGAGUCAAUGUCAGAAGUUGCUUGUUAUCUUGGGUUGUCGUCUAAUAGCAUGUCUAGUGAAGCUGAAAUAAGAAAUACCUCUGCUUCACCACAGAGACAGUUGCAUCCACCCAAAACAAGAAAGUCCGCAAGACUUUCAAUGGCAGACAGUGUCAGUGGAAAUGCUCUGGUGAAUGGUUUGUGUAAGGGAAAAACAUCAAACAGUAAGGGAAAAACAUCAAACAUUGGAACUGUGGGUUAUGUUGAUAAGUAUGGACAUAGUGUAAGUGCUGCAAGUGCUGGGGCCGAAAAGAACAGUGGAAGUGACUCUCAGCAAUUUAAUGAUGCACUUCCGGUCCAGUAUGAAGAUUUCUUUGUUCUUUCAGUGGGGAAAAUUGAUGUAAGACCAUCUUAUCACGAUGAGAAACAGAUCUGGCCUGUAGGCUAUCGAUCCUGUUGGCACGAUAAAGUUACUGGGUCACUUUUUAUGUGCGACGUGUCAGAUGGUGGUGACUCUGGGCCUGCUUUUAUAAUCAGAAGAUUGUCUUGCUCUGCUCUGCCUAUUCCUAAUGGUUCUACUGUCCUUUGUAGUCCAGAUUUUGACAAAUCGGAUCAGCCAAAUAAAGAAGGAAUUGAUGGUAUGACUUCAACUCAUGUGAGUUGUGACAAGGAUCUAAAUCUUCUGAUGUUUCUCUCAGACCCUUCACCACCUUUGGAACAUGACAUUUUAUCAUGUCUUGGGAAUAGUCCUAGUGUAUCUUUUGGUGUGCAGACAUCAAAUAGCUUGCAAUUUGAAGCUACACCACUUUGUGAUGGAUCUGGAGAUACUUCAUCAUUGGGGGAUGAACUAGGCGAGUUGUCAGUUGAAGAGUCUUCUCCAUCUUUUGCAUGGAGUAUUGUGUCUAAGAAACUUAUGGAUGCUUGCCAUGAAACCUAUAAGCGGGCAGGCACUGUUAAGUUCUUCUGCAAGCAUGUUACAAAUGAAACACUGCCACCGUACUGGGAUAUGAAGAAGAUAAACAAUAAAGAAAAGAUUAUUCAGUUGGACAAAUUCCGCGGUUUAACAAAUUCUGUCAACAUCCCAUUUGUUAUUCGGGAUGACGGGGUGUUUGAGGCUUUGACUGAAGAAUUGCUGAAAUGGCUGGACCAGAAUAGGUUUGGACUAGAUGUGGAAUUUGUGCAGGAAAUUUUAGAACAGCUUCCUGGUGUCCAAACUUGUCCACGCUAUGUAUUUUUAAGUGAAAGAAUUGAUUAUUCUUCAUCUGUAACGGUAGGAAAUGGGCUCCUAGAGAUUAAAACAAACUGUGGAGUUCAAGCUACAGAUAACGAAGAAUUAGAUGGUUUAUCCAAGAAUUGUGAAAGAUCCCGGAUUCAGAUGGUGGGAGACCCUGUGAUGAAUGAUGAUUGUCUUCCUCCUGGGAAGCCUAUUAGCUCAAGACUUCCACCUCAGCUUGUCGGUGAUGUUCUUCAGGUAUGGGAGUUCCUAGGGCGUUUUUACGAAGUUCUGGGCCUGAAAGAGCCUUUCUCAUUUGAAGAACUUGAAGAGGAAUUUAUUAAUCCAUGGUAUGAUGGCUUAAGUCCUUCAGUGCAAUCUGGAACUAAGAUCCAAGGAAGUCAAGACAUAUUGUCGCAUAGAUCUGAUGGUAAAAGCGACCAUAUUAUAUAUUCAAGCAUUGAAUUUGGUCCAGCUGUUUCCAUGGAAAAUCCACAUGCUUUCGUACCUCUUGAAACAGAAGCAAUGAAGGAAGCUGCCCAAACUAGAGUGGCAUCUGUCACCUUUAGCAGGUGCAUGGGUUUUGCUUUGACUAAGGCUCACAAUUCGCUUUUAAAAGUGCUAAUAGGUGAGUUACAGUCCAAAGUGGCUACACUAGUGGAUCCACAUUUUGAUGUUGGUGAGUCAAAAUCAAAACGGGGCAGAAAGAAAGAUACAGAAGACUGCUCGAUUGCUGCAAAAAGAAGCAAGCUCAAUUUGCUUCCUUUCAAUGAAUUGACUUGGCCAGAAUUGGCGAGGAGAUAUAUCUUGGCUUUUUUAUCCAUGGCUGGUAACCUUGACUCUACAGAGAUAAGUAUCCGUGAAAGCGGAAAAGUGUUCCGCUGUUUACAAGGUGAUGGAGGGCUGCUCUGUGGCUCACUCACUGGAGUUGCGGGAAUAGAAGCAGAUGCAUUGUUACUCGCAGAGGCCUCAAAAGGAAUUUUUGGUCCUUUCAACAGAGAAAAAGAUGCUCUUAUUAUAGAUGAUGAUGGAGCUGAUGGCACUGGUUCUUAUAAAACAGACUCGGUCAAUGAUGGUACUGUCCCAGAGUGGGCUCUGUCACUGGAACCUGUUAGAAAGCUGCCCACAAAUGUGGGGGCCAGAAUUAGGAAGUGUAUCUAUGAUGCUUUGGAUAAAGGACCACCAGAAUGGGCGAAAAAAAUCUUGGAGCACUCAAUUAGUAAAGAAGUUUAUAAGGGCAAUGCAUCUGGGCCUACAAAGAGAGCAGUUCUUUCAGUGCUAGCAGACGUAUAUGGUGAAGGUUUGCGACAGAAACAAGAUAGGGGAAGAAAGCGAAAAAUGUUCAUAUCUAUUUCUGACAUUAUCAUGAAACAAUGUCGUAUUGUAUUACGUCGUGCAGCUGCUGUUGAUGAUGGGAAAAUUUUCUGCAACUUGUUAGGAAGGAAACUGAUACAUUAUUGUGAUAAUGAUGAUGAGGGAAUUCUUGGAUCUCCAGCUAUGGUAUCACGUCCUUUGGAUUUCAGGACCAUUGAUUUGAGAUUGGCAGCUGGGGCCUAUGGUGGCUCACAUGAAGCAUUUCUUGAGGAUGUUCGAGAGCUAUGGACCAAUGUGCGCAUUGCUUUCAGGGAUCAGCCUAACUUCGUUCAAUUAGCCGAGAAAUUGUCUCAUAAUUUUGAACUGUUGUACGAAAAAGAGGUUGUUGCCCUAUUUCAGAAAUUAGUGGAGUAUACUAAUUCAGAAUGCCUAAGUGCUGAGGCAAAGAAGGAGAUAGAUGACUUUCUUGUUUCCGUGAAUGAAGUUCCAAAAGCCCCUUGGGAAGAGGGUGUCUGCAAAGUAUGUGGCAUUGAUAGAGAUGAUGACAGUGUGCUAUUGUGUGAUACUUGUGAUGCAGAGUAUCAUACCUACUGCUUGAAUCCUCCACUUGCAAGAAUUCCUGAAGGGAACUGGUAUUGUCCUUCUUGUGUGGUUGGUAAGCGUGUGGUCCAAAAUGCAUCAGAAGGUACUUGGGUGGAUUGCCUACGCCCAAAAAAGUGUCAAGUAGAAGUCGUCCGUGAAUUCUUGGAUGCACUCAUGCAUUUAGCAUCUGUAAUGGACGAGAGGGAGUAUUGGGAGUUCAGUGUUGAAGAGAGAACGUUCCUGCUUAAGUUUCUCUGUGAUGAGUUGUUGAACUCUGCUCUUAUUCGCCAACAUCUUGAGCAAUGUGGGGGAGAGUCUGCUAACUUGCAGCAGAAAUUGCGUUCUCUCUUUGUGGAGUGGAAAAAUUUGAAGUGUAAAGAGGAAAUUUUGGCUGCAAAAUCUCCCAGGGGUAACAUGAGCUCGCUGAAUGCAGUUGGAGAUAAUGGUACAGAAGAAACCCCUACUGUUGCACAAUCUAGUCAAUGGCUGCAUACUUUGAGUGAUAAACAUAACUGUUCUGGUGCUUUCUCUGAUUAUCUCCUACAAGUUGACAGCCAUCAAAAGCAUAAUUGUCCUAAAAUGUUCAAUAAACACCCAUCGCCCCACAAUUCAGAAAAAAUCUCUCUCCGUAACAGCCAAAUCAUUGAACCUAUGGAUGCUGAAGGUCAAUCAGUAGAUGGCCAGGCUGCUGUGAAUGGUGUCCUAUUUCCUGGGAAUACUGCCGUCCAUGUAGCUUCCCUGAAAAAUGAUGAAUCUUUCCAACAAAAGGGAUUGCCUUCAUUGAAUCUUCCUCAACAUGAUGUUGAUAACUUGGCUCGAGAAAAUAUUUUCUGUGGCGACAUGGAGAAGUAUGUAAGCAGUGGUAUUCCUAAUCUGCCUCCUGAUAACCAAAGUACACCACUUGACAGCCUUGUGUUAAGCGCUGUCAGGAAUGAGAUUUCACUUCUGCAGAACUCUAUAACCUGCGUAGAAAUGCAGAUUCAGAAGCUGUCUGCUCGGAGAGAGUUUUUGGGUAUUGACUCAGCUGGAAGAUUGUACUGGGUCUUAACAAACUUGGCUGUAGAGCCAAAAAUGGUGUGGCAUGGUUCUCUGGGGGAGAACUUUUCGGUUUUGAGAAACUCUGCUCCUUGUGCCAUGGACGAUUUUGGGACUCUGAGGGGUUUCAGAGCUUCAUGUUCGUUUGGUCAUGAGUUUAAUGAUCCUUAUCCCUGCUCUCCAUGGGUUUCUUACCAAUCUGAUGCAGAGAUUAAAGGGCUUGUGGAUUGUUUGAAAGAUCAUGAUCCAAGAGAGAGAGAACUAAAAGAGUCUAUUUUGCAAUGGCAAAAAUUAAGGUUCCAAGUAUAUAAAAAAAGUGUACACCAAGAUCAGGAGGGACCUCAAAUUGCUUUGUCACAGUCCACAAAUAGUGAAGAUACUGUAUUUACUGAUUGCCUUUCCACCAAGGCAACCAGCUUGCUAGACACAAAGUACGGUCCUUGUCUCGAGCCAGAAACCACCGAGUUCUUGAAGAAGCAAAGCAGAAAGGCCAUAACUACUGGACCAAAAAUGUACCGGUGCGAGUGCUUAGAGCCUGUUUGGACAUCUAGACAUCAUUGUCUUUGUUGCCACAGAACCUUCUUCACUGAUAUGGAACUUCGGAGGCAUAAUGAUGGUAAGUGCAAUUCAGUUCCACUAGCCUCUGAGAAGAGUAAGGAGAGUGGUAGUACUUUGAAGGGGAAUGGCCAAUGUGAGACUGCAUGGGAGCAAUGUGCAGGUGGACCAGACAUUGAUCAUGCAUCAAAAAGUGGGGGUUCUGAGCUUAGUUCGAGUUUGAUUAGAUAUAGUAAUGACGGAUUAGUAUGCCCAUUUAACUUUGAGGAUAUCUGCUCAAAGUUUGUAAUAAAAAAUUCUAACAAGGAAUUGGUGCAGGAAAUAGGUCUCAUCGGAUCAAAUGGGAUUCCAUCAUUUGUUUCUUCUAUAUCUCCCUAUAUCAGUGAGUCUACCUUAAUGCUAGUCCCCCCUCAAGAAGAUGUAUGUGUUCAAGUUGACAAGCCCAACGCUGAUGAACAGCUUGCCUCAUUGCAAGAGGGCAAGACGAGAACCAUUGCUGGCAAUGAAAGUAUUACUGAUGGGAAUUCUUCUGGAAGAUGUGUGGCAGGUGAACCUAGUGAAGCAUUGGAAGUUGAUCGACCAGAGUUUGAAUGCUUGGUGCAGAAAGGGAAAAAAUCAUCAUCACAUGGUCAUGUUCCGCUUACAGAGGAUGGUAACUGCUGCAUUGUUCCCAAGUAUUCGUUGAAGCCAUUAGUAGGCAAAGCUUCCCACAUCUUAAGGCGACUCAAGAUUAAUUUGCUGGACAUGGAUGCCUUGCUGCCUGAAGAAGCUCUGAGGGCAUCAAAGACACACUUGGAAAGGAGAUGGGCCUGGCGUGCAUUUGUCAAAUCUGCACAGACAAUAUAUGAGAUGGUUCAAGCAACAAUCAUAUUUGAAGACAUGAUCAAGUCAGAAUACUUGAGGAAUUUGUGGUGGUACUGGUCAUCACUCUCUGCAGCUGCCAAGAUAUCUACCUUGUCCUCACUUGCUCUGCGUAUAUACUCUCUGGAUGCUGCCAUCAAUUACGAGAAGAUUUCUUCUGAUUUGAAUCCACUUGAGCCCAACUGCAAACCUGACCAGAAGCAGGAUCCUAGUUCGCAUCCAACAGAUAAAUGUAAGCUAGGCAGGAAACUGAGCAAGAAAAGGAAGGAACCAGAGGAGUGAUUUUGAAAGGUGCGAUUCUCAGAAUGAGGAGACCAGUGAUAUCUAAAAUGAAAUCGCUCCUGCUGAUGUUAGAGUCGGUAGCAAUAAAAAAAAAAAAGAAAAAAGAAAAAAUUUGAGAAACAUCUGCAGGUGGGUUGUAAAUGGACCAUUUAUGCUGUCAAGGAUUGUAUAUCAAAGGGCCAUUAAGGAGGAGGUAGAGGGCUCAGGAAGAAGGCUGCUGCAUCCAUCUCCUCAUGUAGAGAUCAAGGUGGACAAGGUAACCUGCAUGUUGCUAAUCUAUAAGGUAUAAUUUAAUAGAUGUUUUUUUAGGGUAGGAAACACCGAGACGAGAAGUUGCAUGAAAUGCUUUCAAUUUUAGCCCUGAUACUUGCUGUGGCUUUUGGAUUUGUUGCAUGGAAAGAGAGAAAAUUUUGAUCGGAAUUUUUGUCACAAACAUAGGGUGUUCAACAUACACAUUCAAAUGGAAGAAAUGUAAAAAAAUGAAAAGAUCGAAACUGAUUAGGUAG